AAUUUUUUCACUUUAGACCAAACAAGACCAUUAUCCUCAUCACUCGAGAGAGACGCAGAGAGCUUGAAGUCUUCCGAAGAUGGUGCAGCGUCUCACUUACCGCAAACGCCAUAGCUAUGCCACCAAAUCUAACCAGCACAGGAUCGUCAAAACGCCCGGUGGAAAGCUGGUGUACCAGAGCACUAAGAAGAGAGCAAGUGGGCCUAAGUGUCCUGUUACUGGAAAGAGAAUCCAAGGGAUUCCUCAUUUGCGACCUGCUGAAUACAAGAGGUCUAGAUUAUCUAGGAAUGAAAGGACUGUGAACCGUGCCUACGGUGGUGUAUUAUCUGGAGUAGCUGUCAAAGAGAGGAUCAUCCGAGCGUUCUUGGUGGAGGAGCAGAAGAUUGUGAAGAAGGUCCUGAAGAUUCAGAAAGCAAAAGAUAAAUUGGCAUCAAAGAACUAAGAAGUGACAUUUUAAAAAAUCUCAAGUUUGAAAGAAGUUUUGACUUUGAGAGAUGAUUACAAGUUGUGCACACUAAAGCUGUGAGAUGAUUGUUUUUAAAUUCAAAUGAGCGUCUUUCUUUGUUUGAUCUGAUUUCUCGUGUCAUCAUAUUUCAUGCUGGGAUUUUUCUUGUCCUACAAUCAUAUAUAUUUGGAUGAAGUGUAUGAUGUAUGGAAUUGUUCCAAACAUCAGUAUUCAAAUAUUAGCUCAGUAUUGCAAUUUACAAUUUUUGCCAAUAGGAUUUGGAUUGAAAUGGAAUCUGUCUUGGGAUGAAAGUUUCCAUGUAGUACCAUUUGUUUAUUUGGCAUAUACUGUUUUUGAUUAA